AUGGGGGGCGCGGGCGGCGGCUGGGCGCGCGAGGCGCCGGCGCUGCUGAGCACGGCGCUGCUGCUGGGCGGCGCGCUGCCCGAGCGCCCGCCCGCGCCACUCUUCACCAUCGACAGCAUCCUGGCUCCGCGCCCGCACCCGCCGCUGCCGCCGCUGCAGCUGCAGCACUUGGCGCACUCGCCGUUCCAUAGAGCACAUGACCUCUUUGGUGUAAGCGGAGUUGGCAGCGCGGUGUCGGGUGCUGGAGGCUACGCGGGUCUGUACGGCGGGUACGCGGCGGCGGCGCUGGCGGGGCUCACGGGGCCCCCGCCGAAGCGCAAGCGGCGCCACCGCACCAUAUUCACUGAGGAACAACUGGAACAACUCGAGAGCACCUUCGACAAGACACACUACCCCGAUGUCGUGCUUAGAGAACAACUCGCGUUGAGGGUCGACCUAAAAGAAGAAAGAGUCGAGGUCUGGUUCAAAAAUCGUCGAGCGAAAUGGCGCAAACAGAAACGUGAGGAGCAAGAGCGACUUCGCAAGCUGCAGGAGGAGCGCGCUUGCGGGCGAGCGCCGCUGCUGGCGCGGCCGCAGCUGUCGCCCGCGCACUCACCGGCACACGCGCCGCCAGCGCCGCCCACUCCGCGGCAAUACUCCGACGACUCCGACUCAGAUCUAGAAGUAGCCUAAACACAGACAAACACUUCUUUUAUGAUAACCUGUGAAUACAACUCCUAAAACUUCAUACAGACAAAAACUAUAAAGUACUGUUCAGUGCAAAAGUGUUCAAUGUUGAAACUAAAUGAAAAAGUGUUGGUGUAACAAAGUUGGUCGAAAACAAUAUUAUAGUGAUGAACGGUUUUAAGAACUCAGAGUGAAAAACAAGUUAACUGACAUUUCUAACUAAAUCAACUUACUCGCCUGUACCUAUUAAAUCUAGUAUCAUUAGUUAUCGUGUACUUAAGAAUGUAUAAUGUUUAGAAUUUAUGUAUGACGCUAUUGAAUCCUUUCGAAAUAAACAUUUACUUUUACCCUCGGUCUGAACUCUUGCUACUGUUAAGUAGACAUGUCAUGUCACAUGGCAGCUAAUUAGACUUUACUAAUCGGUUCCUGAAAAUCUUAUAUUUAUCAAAAUUUAAAAAGAAUCAUUAGUGAUAAUUACGUACGUUUUAGUAACCUCCUGCUUUCUACAAGAAAUAUGUAGUUAGAUCAAUGUAUUCAAGCUUUGUAUAUCAAUAACUCUAAAGUAAUGAAUGCAAAAUAAAUUUAGACUAUUAAUGCCUUAAGGAAUAUAUACGUCGAGUUUACUUUCGUAUUUCUUAUCUGUAAACUAAUUACCUAGAGAAAGAGAGGUGUUAACUAAUAUCGCAAUAUUCUAGCAUAUGUUUUAUUAGAUCACUGUAAUUAUUCGGAACUAAUAAAUUUCACUACUACAAGUACUCUAAAAAUAACAAUGUCACAUGUGUAAAUCGUACAUUAAGUAUCAAUUAAAUUAAUCAUCAUCAUCUCGUUAGGAAGAAGUGAAAAUAAUAUAUAAAUCAAUUGUCAAGUUGCAACUUUCUUUUUAUUUAACGAGUUUUUUUCAACUAGUAGGUAAACAGAGUAAAAGUGAAUCAGUUCUUUUUGGAGCUCCAAUUUGUAAAUUAGUUCGGAUCACGUUAUAAAAUGUCACUUGUAUUCGCGUAGUUAUAUUCGCGAAGUAUGUAUGAUUUAUUUUUUUGUGUUUUGGAAGUCAUUAAGAUUGUAAAUACUAAUUAGAUUAUCUAUUUAUUUUAAAAUCUUUAUGUCGCAAAACAAUUUGUUCUUCCAUAUGCAUAUGUAUGUAUGUAAGUAAUAGUAUUUUUCGACUUACAUAAGUUGGUAACUACGCAAUGACUUAAUCGAUAUGAAUACUGUUGGUUUAGGGUUUAGACACCCUAUAAUCUUUAUUAAAUUCAUCUAGAUAAAUAAAUAAAACAUAUUGCGUCAACAAGUUGUAAAUAAACCUAGAUACUUAGCUACUGAUUUUGAGGGAUAAAAGAGUUACUACAAAAAAAAUCGUAGGUGCAGUCGAAAUGAGACCCUAUUUGAAGUCAUUAAAAAUUAAAAUAAAUGUUAAACAAAAAUCGUUUCUGUAGAAGUAUUUUCACGAAGAAAUGUAUUGAUAUUAAUAUCUGACUCUGUGGCAAUUGUACGUUACACAAUAGUACAUACCUAUCUAAUGUACCUAAAUAAUAUAAUGAAUUUAUCUACAUAGAAAAAAAUAACGCUAAUUACAUAAUAUACCUACAUAAUCUAACCUGUGUUUUUAUUUAUAAAUCACAAUACAUACAGUGUUGACUUAGCUCUGCUGUGACUGCUACGGCCUACGUAGCAGUCAACCAACUAAAACCAAACUACGUUGCUGAAGCUCAAUGGGAAUUAAGGGGCGUGCCUUUGCCUUGAUCCGUUAUUACUUAAUGAAUGUCUUAGGAUAUUAAAAAAAGGAAUAUUACAUAAGUGUAGUUUGAAGAACCAAGUGCCUCAAAAGGUAAGGCUUCUAAGAUAUUUCAGGUCAUUUACUACAGCAAUUUAUUGAAUAUGGGUCAUGUAUUUUCCUUGUUUGAUGACCACAUAUAAUAAGUGCGAUAAUGUUCCCAAAGGCGGAUCAGCAUUGUGUUGUCAAAGCAUGGUGUAUCCGCGCCGGCAUACAAAUUAGUACACGCACUGAUGUAAGUGUGGCCUUGCGGAUACAUACCACGAUUAUUGUGUCAUUGACUAUGUCAUCUCAAUCAAUAAAGUGCUGCAUGUAAAUAUGUAUGGUUACGGUGACAAAGAAUGACGCGUCUACCAAUAUAUUUAUGACAAAUUUUAGGUAUUUACCUGGGUAACUACGAUACGUGAGUAUUUUGUCAAUUGCAACAUAUUAUGUUUCUCCAUUACCUAUUUUAAACUUACUAAUAUUAUUAGGGCGCGAGGCGUAAAGUUUAUUAAGCUUUUGUCGUUGUAGGGGUAAUCUCAGAAACUACACCAUACGUAGAGCCACACAAUUUUUGAGUUCUAUUCGAUCGUGAAAAAUAUCGUCUGUAGUACUUAAUAAUAGUAGCAAUUUCUAGCCAAUCCCAAGUAAAAAUGUGCACAUAUAUUCAUUACUGUAGGUAUAUAGGGUAUGCAUAUUCGAGAUUAAAACUUGAUUUUGUUUUUGAGUAAAAAUUACAAAAAGUGUCCUCUACGGUUACUAUUUCGAAAACAUUUAUUCGUAAAUAUUAAUAUUAAAGUAUACUAUAGUCUUUUUUGGUCACAUCCUUUACGCAUGGUAAUUAAAUAGGUGAGCAAAUCUUUAAUCAUUGUAGCGUAGUUAUUUAAAACAAUAUUAGAAAAAAUACAUACAAUUUGUAAAUUAAACCAAUAUUUUUAUAUUAAAUGUACGUAUAUUAACAAUUCGGCUUUCAGUUUUGUUUAUUUGGGCAAGUUUAAGAAACGAUCAGUCAAACUCAAGAGUAUUACGAUUAACUAGACUUUGGGUUGGGAUACGUAAACGAACCUUCUUGGCAGUUUGUAAGUUAAUUAUUCAGAGGUCAAAACCCCGACCGUGGAAUGGAUUAGAUACCAUUAAUAUACCUAAGCUUAGUAGGAUACAUUCAUAAGCUAUGUACUGUAACGUAGAUAA